GCGCGGGCGGUGGCGCGGGCGGUUAAGCGGCGGGCUGCACAAGGAGCAGGAACAAAUGAUGAGGAAGAAGUGCGUCUCUUGGCUUUGAUUGCAAAAGAAAACUAUAAAAAUACUGAUCAAUGCAAAGACAAAGUGGAAAAAUAUUGCAAAACGUUAACAGAUGCAGGAUUAAAUCCAGAAAAGGUUCACGAAAAAUUAAAAGAUUUCUGUAAUAACGGGAAACAAAAUAAAAAAUGUCAAGAUUUACAAACCAAAGUUACGGGGAAAUGCACAUCUUUUCAACAAAAACUAAAAACUGCUUUAACAAAUCCAUCAGAUGAUAA